ACAUUGUAAUUAAUUAAACAGCCAUACUGAUAGUAAAUACAAGUAGAAUGAUGGACGACAGCCUUAUUUUUCUUGAAGUGCCGUUAAUGUCGACAUGUUCAGAUAUUUCUUACUUUCAAGAUAUCAAUGUUGAUUCAUAUUCCGAGAAUUCAGCUAGUGCUGAAAACAUUUCCUUUGAAGAAGCCGGAGGUGGUAUACAAGUUGUUCAUCAACUAAGGAAACAUCAUAUUUACUGGAAAACAUCUGGCAACACAUUAGAGUUAUAUGAAUAUGCUACAAACACAGAUAUGCAGCAGAUUCAGUUUCGAAUUACUUUUACUGGUUCGAAGAUUGCUCCAGGGUUUAAACUUGUAAAUACUGGUGGUCAGCUUGUUAUAUUAUGCGCAACAACUAAUCGGGUGUAUAAAGUACAUCUUCCUAUUUCAAGGCUUAAGGAGCGAUAUUUAUUGAGUGGAUUGAGCACCUCUCAUUUUGAGAAUGCAAAAAAUCGUUUUGACUUUGAUUACCCCGACAACAUUGUAACAGCGUCAGCAUGUCUGUCGUCCGCUCAUGCUACAUUUGUAUUUGCUCUUAUGUCUGGGGAUCUUGCUGUAAUAAAAAUGUUUGAAAACGGUAAAGGAUCUUGCCAUUUAAUGAAGAAAAACUCCCGAAUAUCUCGGAUAUGGUCUGGCCUUAAUCCUUGGGCCGGUAAUACCAACUUAGAAUCACCCAACGAUCUCGCAAUAUUCAACAUAAAAAAAGGAGAUCAAAAAGUUAUUGCUAUUUGUAAAGAUCAUAAGAUACGAGUUUGGUCCUGCAAGAAACUUGACUGUGAAGCACAUUUCGAUGCCACGUUAUAUUUGGAAAAGAUUCCUGACUUGCUUGAAAUUGGUCAAAAUCAUCAAAUUCGCGUUUGUUCAAACUUGGAAACCAAAAAAUUUUUCUUCUGCAUUCAUCUUCUGUUUUCCAACGAAUCUGUUUUGUUGAAUUUUCAGUUUGACCCCGAAACAUGCGACAUACACCACCUAUCCACAUUGUACUGUCCAUGUCAAUCUGCCACCACCAUACAACGACUGGUGGAUUUCCAACUUUCAAGUGACAAUCGGUUAUGGGCGUUGUGGCAAGACACCGACGAUCAACCAACACUAGCUGUUUGUGACAUCAUAAUAAAAACCUGGCAUGAAGUGGCGAUGUCUCAACCGCUCUCACCUGAGGUCACCAUACCCUACCAUUCAAGUGUGCCCGAAGAAUUCUUGAAAAAAAUAUUCGACCCCCGAAAGUUUUGUAUGUCAUCCAUUCGUAAAGCUCUCAGCGUCCACCAACGAACCCCACUUAGCAGUCGCAACCCUUCAAUGAAAUCCCUGCAAGACGAUGUUGUGAAACUAAUGGAAACAGAGGUUGCUUACAAUCUACCUGAUGAAGACAACUUGAAACAAAGUCUUGAUGAAAUCCAGCUUCUAACGUGGUCCACCUUUUAUACAAGUUGUGUACAAUAUCAACAAUAUGCUUCUAAACCUAUUGCUAUAACUAAUCCAGAUGGUUGCAUCCCUACCAUUGUGAAAAAGGGUUAUGUUUCCCAACAAAUUCCAGUCUCAAUGCUUGAAGCUGUAUGUAGAGGGGUGGAUGCUUCACAGCUUAAGUUCCUAUAUCCUGUUGCUGAUGAUUUAGUAUUCACUGAUUUGGUUAAGUUGCUCAAUUGUUUAUCCUUGCUGUCCUCUAUACUUGGAAAGGAAUAUUUGGAAGAACUUGCACAAUCUGUUCAACUUUGUGACAAUCCAGCUACAUUUAUACAUGGUGCUAUGGAAGACAUCAAAGAAUCUAUUAAUGAGAAUUCAGAUGAAUCAGAGUUGGAAGAUUACAUCGGUCAAAUAGGAGAUAUAGUUUCAACAAUAAAUGCUUUACUUCUGUGCCUUGAACCUGGACAAAUACAACAUGAAUUGGACCCCACCAACUGCUGUGCUGUUAAGUCUGACUUCGGGUUAGAACUUCUACUCAGUGCUACCCACCAGUAUGUAGAGGACAGGCUUCACCUGGUUUUGCUACUUUUGAUUGUUACCGUCUUGUUUGACGAAUUACAGGAAAAUUUCUCCGAGCGAGUUGCGAUCUACGUUCACUCUUACAGCGCCAUCAUGUGGGCGGUGUCAGCCGAGAAGGAACAUGUUCCAAACAGUUCAAUAGAACACACCCUGCAGUCACUUUCUGUUGGUGACAAUAAAAGUUCUUCGCGUACUUUGUUGGAGGGGUUUCUUAAAAAUGAAGGGGGGAAACUUCUGUGUUGUAUUUUGAGGGAAAAUUCGGAGCAGUUUAACGGAGUUAUUGACAAUGCUGUUAUCCCAAAAGCUAUUGCUGGAAUCAUACAACUUUUAUGGCCCCUUGGUCCAACCGUAUCAUUCCCAAAAUAUCUCUUCACAAAUUCCCUAUUUGGCUCUUUGCAAUAUUACAUCAAUGUGAGACUAAACAAGUGGUGUGAUUUUAGCCCAGCAUAUAUUUCAUACAUGUUGGCGUAUUGCUACUUGCAUAAUGGGCAAUACAAUAAGGCUGUCCAUACCUUUAUACAAGCUGGUGGUAAAGCUGGAAUGGAUGGAAUGUUAAUUGGUAGCAUGCUGGAACUUGACUUGGAGGAGCAACUAGCUGAAAACGAGAUUGAGGUUUUGUUUUACACCAAGGUUUUAGAAAUUUUUGAGAAAUUAGAACUCGCCGAACAAGUUAUAAUUUUGGCGAAACAUGCAAUUUCAAAAGCUAGCGUUAAAGAUGACAAUAUGCCGAUUCUAUGUUCAAGCAUGUUCCGUCAGUGUUUGCAACUCAAUAGAUUUAAUGAGGCUUACAAAGCUAUUUUCCUCAAUCCAAGUUGGGAGCAUAAGAAGGAUUGCCUCCGCAUGCUGGUAAUGGCAUUAUGUGAAAAGAAGAAAUAUAAAUUAUUAGUUGAACAUUCGUAUGAUGAUAUGCAUGUCGAGGUUGUCAAUAUAUUGGAGCACAGAGCUCGUUGUAGUGACCUUUUGAACUCUCGACACAAAUAUUACGACUUGUUGUUUUCGUUUCACGUUUAUCGUGGAAAUUAUGGAAGGGCUGCAAGCACGAUGUACGAACAAAUGUGCCGACUCCAAAAUGAAUAUUCAGCCUCCCCAUCAGCCAAUGUUCUCCAUCUACAACAUAUGUGUCUUGUUUCAACGGUGUCUUGUUUACGACUCGUAGAUAAGCAAUACAGAUGGUUGGUUCACCCAGUUGAUAAAAAGCAAAUUGAGUUCAUUGGUUGUCGCUCACCAAAACGUAACGCUGAAGGCGAGGCACUCCCGGUGGAAAAUUCGCAACGAAAAAUUCGUCUUGUCGAAUUUGACCAACUCCAAAAUGAACUUUUGUUACUCGAAUGUCGGAUGAAACUUGCAUUAGAUGAAGAGAAUGAAUUAAAUGUGGGCGCUUCUGCUUCUGAAAAAGAAACUUUGUCGUUGCUUGUGCACUCGUCUUAUUUCAACGACGCAUUUAUUAUUUGUGACAAAUUUAAGUUGGAUAAGAAAUCUGUCUUUGAAGUUAUGUGCACGAGAUGUAUUUACGCCUCCUACUCAAACGACGAUGCCCAAAUAUGGUCGUGGCUGAAAAAGAACGAGAUACGCUCCAGCGAUGCUCACUCAAGCGCGUCCGACGUUGCGUGGAGGUUCCUCGAAACCUCGUUAUCCGAACACGGGGAAAUUGAAACGCACAAAAGUUCGAACUACCGAGCUGUGCUACAAACGUUGUUAUCAUAUAGUUACCCACUACCUGCAUGGUUUGUUAAGAUAUAUAAGAAAAUCAACUGCCCAGAAUUAAUCCGAAUGUUGUUGUGUUACGAUUGGUUGGAGCUUUCAACAACAUUAUGUGUGGAUUAUAUGAAUGCUGUUAUGGGAGUUUCACCCGCUGAGUUUGGUAUCCAUAGUUCAUUAUUAAACAUAAACAAACAAGUGUGGAGUCCUCAGAAUGAAAUUUCCCAACUUCUCUCUGUGUUGGAUGAUAUGAGACAUGAAGAGAAAUAUAACAAGCUUUACAAAACUCUGUUUUCCAAACGUGAGGAAUAUUUUGAAGAAAUAAAACGAGUUUCCGCAACCGACAGAUUCCAUGCAUCCAUGGUCCAUUGAAAAUCGAAUGUUUGUAAAUCCAAUUAUGAGCAGUUUUGAGAAAAAGUGCUUUUUUGCGAUUUUGUAAAAACAGUUCAAUUUUUGUACCAAUUGUGUAAAGUGUCAAUAAAAACUGCCUUUUCUAAAA